GGUCACUCUAGGAUUUGUUUACAUUUUCAAUCGUGUUAAUUUUUUAAUUACUUUAAUUAUGGUUUGCGCUUUGGGCAUUGAAGGCAGUGCCAAUAAAAUUGGCGUAGGCAUAAUUCGGGAUGGCGAGGUGCUGGCCAAUGUGCGCAGAACCUAUAUAACCCCGCCAGGAGAAGGUUUCCUGCCCAAGGAGACGGCCAAGCAUCACCGGGAAGCCAUCCUGGGCCUGGUGAAGGCCAGCUUGAAGGAGGCGCAGCUGGAACCCAAGGAUCUGGAUGUCAUUUGCUACACAAAGGGACCCGGAAUGGCUCCUCCCCUGCUCGUUGGAGCCAUUGUUGCGCGCACGUUGUCCCUUCUGUGGGAAAUUCCCCUGCUGGGCGUGAAUCACUGCAUCGGGCACAUCGAAAUGGGUCGCCUCAUCACCGGUGCCCAGAAUCCCAUUGUUCUCUAUGUCAGCGGCGGCAAUACCCAGGUGAUUGCCUACUCCAAUCAGCGAUAUCGCAUCUUUGGCGAAACCAUAGACAUUGCCGUGGGCAAUUGUCUGGAUCGAUUUGCCCGCAUCAUCAAGCUGUCCAACGAUCCCAGUCCGGGCUACAACAUAGAGCAGCUGGCGAAGCAGAGCAAUCGUUAUAUCAAACUGCCCUAUGUGGUCAAGGGCAUGGACGUGAGCUUCUCGGGCAUUUUGUCCUACAUCGAGGAUCUGGCCGAGCCGGGCAAAAGGCAGAAUAAGCGAAAGAAGCCGCAGGAAGCGGAGAUUAUCGACUAUAGCCAAGCGGAUCUGUGCUACUCGCUGCAGGAGACCAUCUUCGCCAUGCUGGUGGAGAUCACAGAGCGCGCCAUGGCCCACUGUGGCUCCAAUGAGGUCCUCAUAGUUGGCGGCGUGGGCUGUAAUGAGCGGCUCCAGGAGAUGAUGGGUAUUAUGUGCGAGGAGCGUGGCGGCAAACUCUUUGCCAUCGAUGAACGUUACUGUAUUGAUAAUGGUCUAAUGAUUGCCCACGCCGGGGCAGAGAUGUUCCGCUCUGGCAGCAGAAUGCCCCUGGAGGAGGCCUUUGUGACGCAGCGUUUCCGCACGGACGAAGUGCUGGUCAGCUGGCGGGAGGACUAAUUACAAAAGAACUAAUCAGUGUGCUUCGUUUGUUUAUUAAAUAACUAAUUUCCAUAA